UGCUAACUGAUCUCGUCGCGUCGCCAGUGUCACGUAGAUGGAGAUGGCAUGGAGUAGAUUGAUAGGUGAAGACUGGAAAGUUUCAUUGAGUGAUAUUGUGAUUUGUGAUAAACAUCAUUAUAUUGAUUAGGAAGAAUCAAUAAGGAAACCUAAAGAGAAAUGUCUCACUGGCACCAUAGAUCAGAUGCUGUGCAUUGGUACAUGCAGGAGAUAUCUUCGAGAGUGGUAGCUGAAUCAGGCAUACCGGGCGAUAGGUAUCACCUUGGCAAGUUGACUAUAAGAGGCUUCAAAGAUGCUCCAGACUUCAUUUUACAAAUCGAUGGAGCUACCGGUGAGACGGAAAACUUCGCAUCGGCGCUGAAAAGAUCCGUUCAGUGUGCCAAUGCCUUUAGAAAACUUGGUUACCAACAAGAAGAUGUGGUGCUGCUAAUGGCACCGAAUCAUAUUCACCUGACCACACCUAUGUAUGCGGCGUUUUAUCUGGGAAUGUGCGUCGCUGGCAUCGAUAUGACCUUGGGAGUUAACGAACUCCGCGACACCUUCUCUUUUAACGCACCAAAAGUUAUAUUUUGCCAAAGUGAUAAACUGAAGGACAUCCUAGCAGCAUUAGACGGAUUGGAUUUUAAGCCCCAAAUAAUAACAUUUGAUAAGACCGAUGGAUUCCUUAGUUUUUCUGAAUUGUUAGAUAAAUAUGGCAAUGAGACCUCCGUGGAAAACUUCAGAGUGGCAGACUUCGACAGCAGUAACACGAUUGCUCUAUUGGUAGCCACCAGUGGUUCAACUGGUCUACCGAAAUCUGCGGUUGUGACACAUAAAAACCUGGUUGUCUCUAUACCUUACAUGUGGCAUACCUUCGAUAAGUUCCCGACACCAACUCGCUUGCCAGCAGUCCUCUCUCCGAUCCAGUGGUACUCAGCGCUGUUCCAAUUUGUGUUUUCACCGAUAAUAAGGCACACGAGACUUCAGUCUUCACAGCCCACGACGCAAGAGCACGCUUAUUAUCUCAUUAAUAAAUAUAGACCAACUUUUAUGAUGACCAGUCCAAAUAUGUUGACUACCCUUUUCAAAAUCGGCGACCGGGAUAAAUGUGACUUGACGAGUUUUGAACUAAUAAGUGUAGGUGGAAGUGCUGUCCAUCCGAAUCUUCUAAAGGAAGUAAAGGAAGUAAGUCCAAAUACAGAAGUGUUGGUGAUCUAUGGUAUGAGUGAAUUGUCUGGCCUAGCAAUGGCCUAUGACGGAUGUCUGUCUGAAUCACUUGGCAGACCUCUUUCGAGCGUUACCGUAAAACUGGUAGACCCAAAUACAGGCAAAGAAGUGACAGAGCCCAAUGUAAAUGGGGAACUUUGGGUUAAGGGCCCGGGCGUUUUUAAGGGCUACUACCGUAAUCCAGAGAUAUCAGCUCAAGUGCUUGUAGAAGACGACUGGUUUAAAACUGGAGACAUAAUGUACCGGGACAAAUCUGAUUAUUAUUACUUCGUUGACCGCCUGAAGUUAUUGCUUAAAUAUAGAAAUCAUCAGAUAUCCCCAUUGGAAAUAGAAAGUGUGAUAAUGAAACAUCCAGGAGUAUACCAAGUAGCGAUCGCAAGUAUCUCCCAUAAAGAACACGGAGAUUUACCCGUCGCCUGCAUUAUUCCGCACGAGGGUUCCAAAAUCACUGCUCAAGAGAUCAAGGAUUUGGUCAAAGGUACGCUAACCGACUCGAAACAGCUUAGAGGUGGUGUGAUAUUUCUAAAGGAGUUACCACAAACGUCUACUUCGAAGAUUGAUCGACCGAAACUUACGAAGCUGGUGCAGUGUAUGCAACGAGAAUGAAACUAUUUCUAAUAAAAUAAAGCAUAUUAAUAUUAUAAUGUAAAUAGUAUUGAAUUUAGUUAUAUUAUUAAAAGGAAAAUCAAUGCCUACAACGACUAUAAAUUCAUUAGCUGAAAUCUCAGGCUAAAGCAAUGGGUUCCUGACAUCUAUUAGUUUGCCUGAAAUAUAAAGUUGACAGUAAAGAAUGGUUUUAAAGAAA